UGAAAUUGAUAACGCAAUUCUCCAUGUCAUUGCUCGGUAAAAAAUUGGCAAAUAAUUGCACGUAGAAGCCAGGAGAAAAGCGAGCAAUUUUGUGUUAUGUCAGGGCAAGAAGAGCUUGUCAAUCAGUUUAAGGAGAUCACAAACAUUUUAGAUACGGAAGUUGCGAGAAGCAUUCUCGAAUCGACAAAUUGGAAUCUUGAGAUUGCGUUAGCGACCUUUUUGGAGGACAACAGUGACACAGAAGUGAUUCCGGAUCCACAAGAAGCCGAGACCGAACCCGCAGUACAGCCAGAUAUCGAAAUGAAUCCAAGCGGCUCGUCAUCAUCGUCGAAGAAAGACAAGAAACCAUCCGGCGCAAAGCCAAAAAUCGCCACUUUGGGCUCGCUCAACGAUGCAGAGUCGUCGUCGGAUGAGGAACAGGGUCAAGCCUUUUAUGCCGGCGGUUCGGAACGUUCGGGACAACAAGUGCUGGGACCGCCACGUAAAAACCCGAUGAAAGAUUACGUUUCUGAGGUGUUUCGUUCGGCGCAACAAAUUGGCGGACAAUCGUCUGCCGAUGAGGGAGCUCCUCGCACAGUGAGUAGUCGUUUGUAUGGCGGCACGGGAUUUCGUCUCGGACAAACCGACAGCGAUCACGUUGUAAUUCCCGGGCAAUCGGCAUCCGGCUCAUCGGCGGGAGGCGAACGACAAUCCGAAUUGGUUGUGCUAAAGUUGUAUCGUCAAGGCUUCUCGAUCAACGACGGUGACUUGAGACCUUACGAAGAUCCCGCUAGCAAGGAAUUCAUGGAGUGCAUCAUGAAAGGCGAAAUUCCGCAAGAACUGAGAAAGCAAAACAUGAACAUGAUUCAUCUGGAUUUGGAGGAUCAUCGACACGAGGAAUAUGUGAAGCCGAAGAAACGCUUUUCCGCCUUUGGAGGUGAAGGACACACCCUUGGAAGUCCCGUGCCAGGCACCGUUGAAGCUACAUCACCUACAUCUGCUCCCACAAGUGUCGAAGACCAAAAGACAAAUGAACAGGAAGCGCAAGCCAGCAUGAAUGUGGAUGAUGCGCAACCAACGACAAUGUUGCAAAUUCGCUUAUCGGAUGGAUCUCGGUUGACGGGUCGCUUUAAUCACACGCAUACGGUUAAUUCGGUGCGUGAUUAUAUUACGCGUGCACGUCCACAACUCGCUGCUCAAGAAUUCAUGUUGCUCGGAUCGUUUCCGCCCAAGGAACUCACCAAUGGCGAGGCAACUUUGAAGGAUGCGGGACUUUUGAAUGCCACAAUUUUGCAUCGUUCCAAGUGAAGAACCUCCGAGGAGGGGGAGAGAUGAAUGCUUAGAUGAAACGAAAAACAAUACAAUGGCCUGGCUUAUCUUCUUUACACAUAUUACACUUUAAUAAAAACAUUUGUACUACUACUUUAGAAAAUAAUGCAAGGUUUUU